UUUUUACCAUAUGGAAUCAUAACGGAUUUUCGUCGUUAAAAAAGCAAUGAAAUUUUUGGGAUUUGGUAUGGAGAGAUGAAAGAAAAUGGGGGUAACAGAUCUUGACCGUCCAAGUCCAAAUAUACAGAGGGUUUCUCGCCACGAAGACACGUGCUUCUCUAUCCUUUGUUUCCUCUGUCAUUCCCUUUGCGUCCAUGCAUGGAAUUCUCAUCACUCUUCAACGCAACGACAGCACACACCAGAGAGAGAGAGAGAGAGAGACUGUGUUUGUGUCUGUUCAGAGAGAUAGAGAGCAGCAGAAUGGAGCCAAAACUGCGGCUGCGCUUUGAUUACUCGUCUUAGGAAGAACCCAUCUCUUCUCCGAAGUUUUUGAUUCUUAUUUUCUCCACCAGAAAAAAAUCUCCCAACUUUAGAUACUUGGAAUUUCAAAGCUUUUUUGUCCUCUCCUCCUUUUGCUGUUCAUUAGCUUGGCGGUCGGAUCCUGUACGUAGCACAGAACAACUGUCACAUCCAAAUCUGAUCGCUGUGAAAGGAACAGGCUUGCUUCUCUCUCUCUCUCUCGAUCGACUGUUGCCAUCUGGGAUUUGGGAGUUCUUUGGUUUUGAAGCAUUGUUUUGGAGACUUCAGAUAGAUCGAUGGAUCAAAUGGAACAGAGCAAAGAUAGGAACUUUGUGUGCAAGUUCUGUUCCAAGAGGUUCUCCUGUGGGAAAUCUCUUGGAGGCCAUAUUCGAACUCAUACUCACGAGAAUUCCGUUGAUUCAGACGAGGAUGAAGCCGAUAAGCUCAAAAUCUUCGACAAUGGCGGCCAAUCUAGUUACGGUCUGAGAGAAAACCCAAAGAAGAACAAGAGGUUCACGGAUCAAACUGAGAUGAUCACUCUGAAACAGCAGCAACAGAUUCUUCUGUGCAAAGAGUGUGGCAAAGGGUUCAGUUCUCUGAAAGCUCUUUGCGGUCAUAUGGCCUGUCAUUCUGACAGAGAGAGAAUGGCCACAGACAGUCAGUCUGAUUCCGAGACUUCCUCCGCGACAAUCAGGAGGAGAUCCAAGAGGGUGAUGAAACACCGCAAGGCUUUUGUUGUUCAUCGAUCCAUUUCAGCAUCUGAGGUUGAGCAAGAAGAACAGGAAGAACUGGCAUUGUGUUUGAUGAUGCUGUCGAGGGAUUAUUCCAAUUUCAAGAAAGUUCAAAACUUUGUGAAUUGUGUGGGCGAAUCAUCGGAUACUAACUCUGUGAUUCUGGAGACCAAAUCGUCAUCAGGAGAACUGAAGCAUGUGGGAGGAUUCCGUUGUAAUGCUGAUGAGAUUUCGGCCGCAAAGAACCAGAACCAGUUGAAAUCUCCCGAGGAAAAUGGUGUUCUUCUCUAUGAUUCUGAUAAUUCUGAUUCUGGGUACUUCAGAAACGGCCCAAGGAAGGUAGAUUCAGAUGUUUCCAUUGACGGAUUUCUCAGAAACGCUGGAUCUAACAAGGCUAUGAUGGAAUCUGGAUCCGAAUUCAGCAACUCCCCUGCAGCAAAACAGGACAAGAACUUUAACAGGUUGAGGAAUGGUACUGAAUUCAGGAAAGAAUCAUACAAAGAGGGAGGAUCGAGCCGUUCUUCCGCAAAGUAUGAUCUAAGGAAAAGCAAAAGGGUAUCUUCUUACAGCCGAAAGAAAAUCGAGACGAAUGAACUCAAUGAAUCCGUCCACGACAGUGGCGAGAACAGCUUGGAAGCAGAUUCUUGUUCAGACAUGAACCACAACAGUAGCAAAGCCCUGAUAGCUGCGGCCGCAUGUAAGAAAACCAGGGCGAAGAAGAGAAGCAAAGGGCAUGAAUGCCCGAUCUGCUUUAGGGUUUUCAAGUCAGGACAAGCUUUAGGUGGGCAUAAGAGGUCACAUUUCAUGGGCAGCCACCAUGAAAACAGCACAGUGGUGAUCCAACAGGAGGUGACCCAGAUGCAUACCAUGAUCGAUCUCAAUCUUCCCGCCCCUUUUGAUGAAUGAAACAUAAGAUCAUAAUCUUUUUUUUUUUUUCAGGAAUGUUUUCCAGUUGAAUUUGUUCAUAUAAAAGCUAAUUUAUAGCUACGAUAUUCAAUUUUUCUCUCCAGCUAUUUCUUUCAUAUCUCGUUGACGCUUCUUCUCUUCAUCUUAUUGAGAGCUUGUUCCUCUAUUA